AUGAUUUCAAACGUCAAAAAACUCAAAUUACUGCUUUGGAAGAACUUUAAGAUCCAAAAAAGGCAUCCUUAUAAACUUUUAUUGGAUAUUCUGAUACCCAUCGUGCAAUGUUUGAUCCUUUUGUUCCUCCGCGCGAACAUCCAUGGCGAUAAAAAACUGAAUUUUCCAAGUUUUAACCUCACUUUUGAUCGUUUGAACCAUGAUGCAGUGUUUGAGAAGGCAAUUUUUAAUGAAAAACCUGAAAAUAUUGGCUUUGAAAUUGAUGAAAUCACAAAUAAUAGCAUUUCUUACCGAAUAAAGGCUUUGGAAGUCAUUGAUGAUUCAACUUUGAUGGAUAUUUUAAGGACUCAACGAUUUAUUAACGAAGCUUUUAUUGAUCAUAACCUUCAUAACCUCAAAAUUUAUGACAGAUCAAAAGAUCGUUUCUUGGAAUUUCUUCAAGAAUACUUGCAAAUUGUGGUUUUGAUUUCCUUCAUAAAGCCUGUAGCAACAAUUACGGGAACGAUCUCUCUUGAAAAGGAAAAUCAUUUGAAAAGUUACAUGAAAAUCAUGGGGAUCCCGAGUUAUUUGCAUUAUAUCGCUUAUUUUUUCACUUAUUUCGGUCAAAUUAUCAUCAUAUCAGUGAUCGUAGCAGCUGUUACCAAAAUUGACUUUGGUUUGGAGAACAAAGUUUUGCCUCAUUCAGACUUUGGAGUGAUCUGUAUUUUUCUAACCUCAUUUGGAGUUUCUGCAAUUGCCUAUAGUUUCAUGAUGAGCAGUUUAUCAAUGAACAAUGCGAGUAUCUCGUCAGUUAUUGCGGUGAUUUUUUGGUUUAUCAACUACUUACCGUUCACGAUCAACAGACAUCAGUUCACUUCGAAGCCUUUGAGUCAUCAAAUGGGGUUAUGUUUGUUCUCAAAUACCGCAAUGGCAUUGGGAUUUUCGAAAAUUGUUGAAUUGGAAAUGUUUAAAAGAGGUUCAACAUGGGAGAAUCUGUUUGAUGUUUCAGGAGAUCGUGAAUUGGGGAUUGGGCAUGUUUGCAUCAUGUUGUUCAUAGAUGCUAUACUGUACAGUACAAUUGCGAUUUUGGUUGAAAAAGGUUCGGAAAUGAAGUUCAAAAAAUUUUGGAUCAAAUCUUCAAAUGAUGUGAACUUCAAAUCACAAGAAGAUGUCAAUGAAGAUCUCUUUGAAGUACCAUCAACUACGAAAAAAGUAACUGUUCAAGUUCAAAAUCUCCGUAAAAGCUAUUCCGGUGAAAGAUUCGCAGUUAAGGGAUUGACCUUCAACAUGUUUGAAGAUGAAAUCGUGAUCCUAUUGGGACAUAAUGCUGCCGGCAAAUCAACUACAAUUUCAAUGUUGACAGGUUUAUUGCAACCAUCCAGCGGAAAAGUAUUGAUUUUCGGCAAAGAUGUUGUUGAAACCCGAACUUCAAACAUCGGGCUUUGUCCUCAGCACAAUAUUUUGUUUGAAGAUCUCAAUGUCAAGGAACACAUCAUCUUCUAUAGUUGCUUGAAAGGAUUGAAAUCAGCAGAUAUUCAAAGAAACAUCGAUCAUCUCGUCAAAGAUUUGCAAUUGGAAGAUCAAUUGAACGUUCAAGUAAAAAAUUUAUCAGGCGGGAUCAAAAGAAUUCUUUCAGUAUCUCUCGCAUUUUGUGGAGAUCCGAAAUUUGUAGUGUUAGACGAACCAAGCAGCGGAUUAGAUCCUAUGUCGAUGCGAACCAUGUGGCAAAUGUUAAACUUACGAAAAGAUGGAAGAACGAUUUUGAUUUCAACACAUUCGAUGGAAGAAGCUGACAUCAUUGGAGAUCGAAUUGCUGUGAUGUCGGAAGGAUCACUCAUGUGUUACGCAACCUCUGAUUUCCUAAAGCAACGAAUCAGUGAAGGUUACAAGUUGACAAUUAAGUCAAAUUCAACCAUUGAACAUGAAAGUUUACUUCAUUUAGCUAAAAAGCAAGUUUCAAAUUUGAACAUGAACAUCACAGAUAAUGGUUUGAUCGAACUUCAACUGAAAGAUUCAACUGUGAAAGAAAUUGCUUUAUUGUUGAAGGAAUUAGAAGAAGUAAGAUCUGUACUUGACAUCACAUCAUUGACGAUCAGUUCGCCAACCAUGGAAGAUGUGUUCAUGAAGUUAGGAAGAGAAGUUCCUGAAAAACAUCAAGAAGUAGAAAAUUUCAAUGAAUCAAAAGCUACAUUCGCAACUUCAGAACAUUUCAAGAUGAACAGUGAAAUCCAUCGCACAUUGAAUCAAAUCAAAGCAAUGAUCUACAAACAUCUUUGUUACCUGAGACGAAAUUACAAGUUGAUCUUAUCCUUUUAUGGCGUCACGAUUCUUUUCAUGUUGAUAACUUACAUGAGGAAUAUUCAAUCCAAUGAAGCGUUGAAGGGUAAAACUUUGGAAGAUGUUGUUGAUUUGUGUCGAUCGAUAGUUCAAACCACUUUUGGUUCAAAUCAGGUUGAAGAUCACAGUGAAAGGUUAUGUCGCAAAUACUUAACUUAUCCUCCUGAAGAUCAACUUAAACCACAAAUAAUAUUGCAUCAAAUGAAUCAAAUCUAUGAAGAUCAACUUCAAAAAUCAAAUUCUAACCUAAAAAUCCAAACCGUAUUCGAACCGCUGUUAUUCAAAGAUAUCGGCUUCAGUUUUUUAGGGAUUUUAGAGCUUCUGAGACUCAGAGAUCUCAAGUACAACAUCAUCAUCCAAUCAAACAAUGCAUUUUUCGGUGCUCUUGGGAUGUUGUUUGCUGCUGCGGGGAUCUUUUUAUUCUACAUCAAGGAUCGCUUGUCACUUUUUCGUCUCAUUCAACGAAUUGCGGGCGUAAAUACCGGAAUUUAUUGGUUCGUUGGCUUCGUAAUCGACUAUUUAGUAUUCUUAACAGUGAUUUUUGUGAACUUUACAAUGAUGUUGCUGCUUGAAAUUGAAUCUUACGCAUCUUGGGAUGAAAUUGAACCUCUGAUUGUUGUAACUUUGCUGUUUUGUGUGACAAGUCUUCCAUGUACAUACCUUCUUUCAACACAUUUUGACCAUGCAAUGUUCGGAUUCAUCUUCACAAUUGUCUCGUACAUGUUCUUUGGCGUCAUAGUCGGCGUGGUUUUCCUUACUUUAACCUUUGCCGACGAACCAAUGUUCAAUCUUCAGAUAUUUUUCAUGUUUAUACCUCCAUAUGCCUUUACAAAUGCGAUUGUGAGUGUUGGGCAGCAAAACGCGAAUCGCCUAAUGUGCAAAGAGGCAUGCGAAAAACAUGAAACUUGCUUCAAGGAACAUCAAGGAUGGAUGUGUGAACAAGCACCUCGUAUCUGCUGUGACAAUUUCGAGUUCAAAUACGGUUUUGAGUAUCCGGGAGUCGGAUGGAACAUUGUAGCGUUGAUAUUUAUGGCGAUUUUCUCAAUGAUCCUAUUGUUGAUAAUCGAUUUUGAAGUUUUUAAACAAUGGAUUUCGCGAUUUCGAGACCUGAAAGAAAGAAAUUACGAAAAUUUGUUAGAGAAUGGCGACCCAAACGUUAAUGAAGAAGUAAAAAAAGAGAAAAAUCGGAUCCGUGGCAUGACCAAAGAUGAAAUUCAGAAUUAUCAGUUAGUGACAAAGGACCUAUCGAAGUGUUUUGGUAAAGAAAUCGUCGUUAACCAACUGUGUCUUGCCAUUGAAAGGUACGAAUGUUUUGGAAUUUUCGGGAGAAGUUCAGCUGGAAAGACCACAACUGUAAAUAUGAUAUCCGGAGUCCUUCUAAAAUCAUCAGGAAAUGUCUGGAUUGACGGUUAUAGUCUUUCACAUCAUCUGUUUCAAGUUCAAAAAAUGAUCGGAUACUGUCCUCAGUUCAACGGACUUUUUGAAGACCUAACCGGAUAUGAAACGAUGAAAAUUAUCGCUAUGUUGCGUGGUUACCCCAAAAAACGAUUGAAUUUCAUCAUCAAAUCCCUCGCUGAUGACUUUUUCUUCGCCAAACACCUUCACAAGCCCAUCAAAAAUUACAGCGGAGGCACAAAACGGAAGCUAAGUGUCGCUUUAACACUAAUUGGCAACACUGCAAUUGUAAUUUUGGACGAACCAACGACCGGAAUCGAUCCUGCUGCUCGAAAACAACUGUGGAAUGUCAUAAACCAAGCACGGGAAUCGCAAAAAACGAUUUUAUUGACGAGUCAGAUGAUGGAGGAGUGUGAGACGUUAUGCACAAAUUUGUCUGUUUUGCAUAAGGGGAACUUGAAAUGCAUGGGAACCAAAGAAUAUCUCAAGGAAAAGUACUUGAAUGGAUUUAUUUUGGAGUUAAAGUUGAAAUCGAUGCCCGAAGGAAGUUCAAACGUGAAAGCAAAAGAAUAUUUUUUCAAAUUAUUCGAAGAUGCUGAACUAAAGGAAGAAUACUUAAAAUCGCUCAUUUAUUUCAUCCCGUCGGAGAAUCACAAGUUACAUGAAAUUUUCGAAGCAGUUGCGAUGUCCAAAGAAUUCCUGUUAAUUGAAGAUUUUGCUGUUAAAGACGCGACUUUGGAGCAGAUUUUCAUGUUUUUUUGA